AUGUCCUCCCAAAAGACCAGCGCCCGCCAAGACUUCAUCGUCCGCCAACGCUACAAGAACACCCUCCCCCCACCCCCCUUCCCCCCAAAACUCCUCGACGCACCCCUCCCCCUCAAAACCUACCUCUCCCCCUUCUCCACCUCCCAAAUCAUCCGCUCUCUCCCACCAAAUAUGGAACUCGACGCAGAAAACGGAAUGCCACUCGACCUCUCCCUCAUCGAAGGUCUCUUCGAGGGUGAUGAGAGGGGGUUGUAUGGGAGUGGAGAGAAGCUGGAUGAGGAGGAUGCGUUGUUGUGCGUUGACCCCGAUGCCGCGCACAGUUCGGCGAAUAAGAGAGCGCAUAAUGAGAAUUUCUUGAGGAGGACGGAGUAUAUCUCUACCGAAUCCUCCCGGACAAAACACAAAUCAUCCGGAAUCCGGACCUCGCAGCGGGAACAGAACGCAUAUGAACACCUCUCUUCGCUCGCGGAUCCGGAGGCGCAGGUUGCUGCUAUUGAGAGAACGUUCGAGGUCGCUGAUACACCCCUCGAACAAAUGACACACCCCCUCAACCGUACCCUGACAGCCCUCGAGUCCUGGCCGAUCAUCCCCGACCAAAUCCUCUCUGGGCAACAAUUGUUGCAUAUCCGGUUUAACGAGCCACCCCUCUCCAACACCGAUUCAGUUACGAACUCCCUCCUCCGCGCCGCGGCAUCCGCGUCCGAAGACGAGUACUUUGGGUACUACGCACCCAAUGGUGGUGACGCGGUACGGGUUGAGGAAGGCGGGGAGGCUGCGUAUCGACAUGUACGGGAUUACAAGUAUGAGUUGAUCGGGGAUUGUAAUAACGACAUCAUCAUCAUUCCCUCUGAGGGACCAGAGAAGGUAUGGGCGUAUAGGAAAUAUGUAGGCAAAGCAACCCUUAAGAGAUCGAGACAACUCACGGAAGCGAAAUUGGGGAUGAGGAGGGAUGGGGUUGUUAAUGGGGGGGAUCCGGUUAGAAUUAAUGUCAGGUGGAAGGGGGUUGGGGUUGGGGGUGGUGCCACAGCUGGGGAGGAGGAGGCACUGGGUGAAGAUGGUGCACAGGGCGCGGGUGGGGAUGAGAUGGAGGAGUAG